CGAGCGAAAAACCCGCCUCCGCUGCCUGCCGGCUGCUCAGAGGCUCCGUCGAAGUAGCCAAUGAAAAGUGCGUGGUACCUGGUCGCCAUGGAAACCGUGUGACAACAAGAUGGCGGCGCCGCGGGACGGCUCUUCGGCCUUGCUUGGGAGUUCCUGACAGAAUCUCGCGGGAGAGCUAUGAGCUCACCUUUGGCCUCCCUGAGCAAGACCCGGAAAGUACCGCUGCAGUUGGAGCCUGGGCAUCCCGGGAGGCGUGGGGUAAGAAUCUACGGAGACGAAGACGAGGAUGUGCUAAAUGAUGGCAAUGGCUCAGAAGAAAGGAUCUCUGUCCCUUCCUGCUAUGGUGGCAUAGGCGCCCCUGUGGGUAGGCCAGGCUCUAUUUCCCAGGACUCUGAGGUGAUGACCAGGAUGGCCAAGAAGGUGUGGGACCUGGAACUGCUUGUGAAGGCCCAGACAGAUGAGCUGCUGACCAAGGAUCAGAAGAUUCUGGCCCUGGAGGACUUGGUGAAGACCCUCCAGGAGCAUCAGGGUGAGGUUUCGCAGCAGCGGCAGCAGGAGCUGGAGAUGAUGUGCGAGCAGCUGCAGCGGCAGAUUGGGGAGAUGGAGCGGUUCCUCAGUGACUAUGGGCUGCACUGGGUGGGUGAGCCCAUGGACCAAGAGGACUCUGAAGCUGACAUGGAGGACGGCGGGAAGGACUGGAUGACAGCCAAGAAGUUCUGGAAGCCAGGGGACUCAGUGGUGCCCCCUGAGGUGGACUUUGACAGGCUUCUGGCCAGUCUGCAGGACCUCAGUGAGCUGGUGACAGAGGGGGAAAUGCAGGUGACCCCAGUGCCUGGUGGAGCACGGCUCAAUGCCCUUGAGCCCAUCCCACUGAAAAUAUACCGGAAUGGCAUCGUGAUGUUCGACGGGCCCUUUCGGCCUUUCUACGACCCCUCGACUCAGCGCUGCCUCCGAGACAUCCUGGAUGGCUUCUUCCCCUCAGAGCUCCAAAGACUGUACCCUGAUGGGGUUCCCUUUAAGGUGAGCGACCUGCGCAAUCAGGUCUACCUGGAGAACGGGCUGGACCCAUUCCCAGGGGAGGGCCGUGUGGUGGGCUGGCAGAAGAUGCGCAAGGCCUCGGACAGAGCAGAGAAGCAGCAAGGCUCCACGAUGACUGCCGAGAAGUUCCUGAACAAGCUCCCCAAGUUUGUGAUCCGGCAAGGAGAGGUGGUGGACAUCCGGGGCCCUAUCAGGGACACUCUGCAGAGCUGCUGCCCGCUGCCGGCUCAAGUCCAGGAGAUCAUAGUGGAGACACCUGCCUUGGCCGCUGAACGGGAGAGGAGCCACGAGUCCCCUGAUGCUCCUGCGCCCCCGCUUUCCAUGCUGCGUGUCAAGUCUGAGAACGGGGAACAAGCCUUCCGACUCAUGAUGCGGCCCGAGGACACCAUGGGUGAUGUGCGCGCCCUGCUGGCGCAGGCCAGGGCCACGGAUGCCACCACCUUCGAGAUCUUCAGCACAUUUCCGCCCACCAUCUACCAGGACGACACACUCACGCUGCGGGCCGCUGGCCUGGUGCCCAACGCCACACUGCUUUUGCGGGGACGCAGGGCCCCGCUAGCCAGCGCCAGCGGCUUCAGUCCCAGUCCUGGCCCCCACCCCCAAUAA